GAAUUAUUUUCAGACACAUGUUGAGCGAAUUUGAAGGGAAUAUUUCUGUUUUGUGGAAUUAAAAAAUGUCUGAACAUCAAUCAAAAUGUUGUUUGUUGAUUCAAGAAUUAAAGGUAAACAUCCUUGAUAAACAUAUCAAUAUUGGCGAUCAUGAUUUGAAUGAAAACCCUGUCGAUUUGGAUAAUGGAGCCAUAAUACUAUCAACGAAAUGGAAAGAUAUUUUAAAACAACACGAAUGGAUUAUGAUUGAAUUAAUUUCCAAUAAUUAUCGAUCCAAACGUUUAGUUCAACCAUUUUAUGAAAUUAUUGAUGAUGAAAAUACUUGUCUAAUUUCGCAACAACUUUGGUUUAAUCUACGUUUUCAAUCCAUAAAUGAAAAUCUUGAAAAUUUUUUUCACAAAUAUCCAUUGAUUGAUUCGAAUGCUAAAAUUAAUGUAUAUAGUAGUUCAACAGAAAAUCCUGAACAAAUCAAACAAAUUCAAUUCAAUUUAAUACAAUCACCUGAUUAUCCCGUUGAUUAUGAUUAUAAUGAUGAAUUACAUUCAUAUUUUUAUCCAAUUGAUCAAGCAAAACUUCAACAACAAAGAAGAUUACUAAAAGUAAACGAUAUAAUUGCUAUUCAAAUUCAAAAUUCAAAAUUUUUCUAUAAACAUUGUCAUUCAAUAUUAUCUUUUCAACAAAUCGGUACGGUUGUUUAUUUUCAUAUUUGUCGUAUAAAUAAUGAAAUUUCGAACGAAACAAAUUACAUUUUAAAUGCAAAACCCGACUGUGAUCAAAUUGAAAUGUUUAAAUCAUCAAAUAUACAAUCAAUUGCACCAACAUCUAUUCGAUAUUAUCUUACCACGCAUAUGAAUUAUUUCGAUCAUGAAUUUUAUCGAAAAAUACUCAGUGAUCAAAUUGAAUAUUUAGCUAAAGAAUUUCAACCAUAUUUACUUGGAAUAUCCACAAUGCCAACUGGAACAUUUUUACUAAAAAAUUUUAGUGAUCGUGAAUCAUCACGUCAUUUGAUUCGUCAAGCAGCUCAAUAUUGGCAUCUACAUAUUUUCGAAUGUAAUGCUUGUUUGGAUUUAUUAUGUGAACUACCACAAACAACUGAAGCAAAAUUGAAAAAUUUUUUCAUAAAAAUUCGUCAAUAUGCACCAUGUGUGAUAUUGAUACAUGAUUUGGAUAUGUUACUGAAAUCAGAUGUUUUUGAAAAUGAUCGUUUAAUAGAUUUUUUCCGACAAUCAUUAUCCGAACUAAAUGAAGGAAAUGUUUGGCCAAUAAUUAUUGUUGCAACAGAUCAACAAUCAUCGAAUAAAAAUCAAAAUAUUAUCCAUCCAUUAUUAAUGUUAUUUUCACAUGUAAUUCAAUUGAAAAAACUUGAUGAUAAACAAAGAAAAAAUAUUUUCCAAAUGGUCAUUGAAAAACAUUUCGAAAAUUUACAAAUGAUUACAAAUGAACAAUUACAAACACUGGCUGAUUUAAGUAAUGGAUUAAAUAUUGGUCAAAUUAUCAACAUUUUAAAUGAAAUUUUACGAAAUAAUGAAGAUGGAAAUUUGGAAAAUUUUUUCCUAUCAAUACAAUCCGGAUUAAAUCGAUUUCAUAAUGAAAAUAAAACAAAUUUCUCCCUACAAAUACCUAAAAUACAAUGGUCAGAUGUUGGUGGAUUAGAUCUAGUUAAACAAGAAAUUCUUGAUACAAUUGAACUACCAUUGAAAUUAGGUUUCGAUUUCGAUGAAUUGGGUAUAAAACGUUCGGGAAUUCUAUUACAUGGACCACCUGGAACUGGGAAAACUUUACUUGCAAAAGCUGUUGCUUCACAAUGUUGUGUAAAUUUUAUCAGUGUUAAAGGACCUGAAUUAAUAAGUAAAUAUGUUGGUCAAAGUGAAGAAAAUGUUCGUACAUUAUUUGCACAAGCACGUUUAUCAUCACCUGCAUUAAUAUUUUUUGAUGAACUUGAUUCAUUAGCACCAAGUCGUGGUCGUUCAGGUGAUUCGGGUGGUGUUAUGGAUCGUGUUGUAUCACAAUUAUUAGCCGAAUUAGAUGGUAUUAAUUCCAGACAAAAACUCAGUGAUGAAUUAUCAACACCAAUAGUUUUUGUUAUUGGUGCAACAAAUCGUGUUGAUUUAAUCGAUUCAGCAUUACUACGUCCAGGACGUUUUGAUAAAAUUAUCGAAGUUCCUAUACCGAAAGAUCGAAAAUCUCGUCAGGCAAUUAUCAAUGCACUGAUAAAAAAUUUUCAUUUUGAAGAAGAACAAAAUGGUCAACGACAAAGACAAGAAAUCGUUGAUGAAAUUGAACAAUGUUCACCACCAUUAUUAUCUGGAGCUGAUUUUUAUGCUAUCUGCUCGUCAGCUAUGAUGAUUUGUCUUCGUCGAACAUUGUCCGGUAAGCAACCGUUGACCUGUGCUGAUGAUGAUAGCGAAAAUGAAGAAAAUUCGGACAAUUCAACUAAACAAAAUUUGAAUUUAGAAUGUCGUGUUGAAGAUUUUAAACAAACGAUUCGUACAAAAUAUAAUAAAAAUUUUUAAUGAAA